GCCGCCGUCAUUCACAACGCUAUGCUCGCCCGACGCUUCCCUCGCCUCAGCCGCCCUCUUGCCCGCCUCGCAUCCUCAUCACCCCAGACCCCUGCGCCCGCACAAGAAGCACCGUCGAAGGAGGUUGUCGAGCCUCAGGCUCCGAACUACCCGACAACAUGGUCCACUAGCCAGCGGCCACGCCCUCAAGCCCAAUCUGGUCCCCGCUUCGAGCAGACCAUCAUGGAGCUCCAACCGAACCCUCUGAGUGCAAUGGAUAUGAUUAGCAAGGAGCCUAUCCGCGUUGUGCAUGGCCGCAAGGCUGUCUGUGAUGGUGGGAUAGGUCCUCUCGGUCACCCGAAGAUUUUCAUUAACUUGGACAAAGCAGGUCCUCAACCGUGCGGAUAUUGUGGUUUGCGCUUUGAGCAAAUACCUCAUCAUGGGCACGAACACUGAACAGACCGAUGUAUAUUCAUGUCCGCGGUAUAGAUUAGCUAUUAAGGACCUGUCUUCGAGAGCUUAAAACAAGAUCUUGUGAUUGUCUUGUUCUGACUUUGCAUGAAGUCCUUAGCCUCGAAUCGUCACACAAUGACUUCGUCUGGCGAAUGCGAUAUCAACAGAUUUCGCCCUCAUUUAUGGAUAGUACGUCUCUUAUGCCACAGUUUGGAGCCGAUGAGGUGCGUGCACAGG